CUCAAAGCAACUUAACAAACACUAAAGAGCUAAAUAAAUAAUAAUAAAUACUAUUUAUUGGGAACAGUUCUAUCUUCUGACCACCCUAUAUAAGAUCUCCUGAUGGUUGCUGAGAUACAUGCCAGCAAUUUCUUUCUUCCUUCUGUCUAUUCUUCCCACGUUUCCCAACUCAAACUCUUCUUAUUUCUGGUAAUCAUAACCCGUCCAUUUCCAUUUCUGGUUUAAAAAUCGCAGCAUUAUUUUAUUUUAUUUUCCUUCAAUCCAAGAUCUUUUCUGCAUUUGCAUUUGUAUUUUAGUAACAUGUGGAGUUUGUGGUUUGGAGCUUUGGUCAUCAUAAGCAUUACAAAUUGGGUGUACCAUUGGAGAAAUCCCAAAUGCAAUGGGAAACUCCCCCCCGGUUCAAUGGGAUUACCACUCCUCGGCGAGACACUUCAGUUCUUCACUCCCAACACUUCUUCUGAAAUUCCUCCCUUUGUCAAAGAGAGGAUGAAAAGAUACGGGCCAGUAUUCAGGACUAGUUUGGUUGGAAGGCCGGUAGUAGUAUCAACAGACCCAGAUCUCAAUUACUUCAUCUUCCAACAAGAGGGACAGUUGUUUCAAAGCUGGUAUCCAGAUACAUUCACAGAAAUCUUCGGACGACAAAAUGUGGGUUCAUUACAUGGGUUCAUGUACAAGUACCUUAAAAAUAUGGUUCUAAAUCUCUUUGGUCCUGAAAGCCUUAAGAAAAUGCUCCCUGAAGUUCAACAGGCAGCAUCUGAAAGAUUACAACUAUGGUCUACUCAGGGCUCUGUCGAAUUAAAAGAAGCAACAGCUAGUAUGAUAUUUGAUUUGACCGCAAAGAAGCUGAUAAGUUAUGAUGAAAAGAAUUACUCAGAGAACCUAAGGGACAACUUUGUUGCUUUCAUGCAAGGCUUGAUAUCCUUCCCUUUGGAAAUACCUGGAACAGCAUAUCAUAAAUGUUUACAGGGUAGGAAAAGAGCAAUGAAAAUAUUAAAGAACCUGCUAAAUGAAAGAAGAAGAAAUCCAAGACAGCAUCAAAGAGAUUUUUUUGACUAUGUACUUGAAGACCUUCAGAAAGAGGGAUCAGUCCUUACAGAGGAAAUUGUUCUGGAUUUAAUGUUCGUGCUUCUGUUUGCUAGCUUUGAAACGACUUCCUUGGCUAUAACUAUGGCUGUCAAAUUUUUAUCUGACCAUCCAUUGGCGCUAAAGCAAUUAACGGAAGAGCAUGAAGCAAUUUUAGAAAACCGGGAAAAUGCUGACUCGGGCAUUACAUGGAAAGAAUAUAAAUCAAUGACAUUUACAUUUCAGGUCAUCAAUGAAACUGUUAGACUGGCAAACAUAGUUCCAGUAAUCUUCAGAAAAGUGCUCAGAGACAUCCAGUUCAAGGGAUAUACCAUUCCAGCUGGUUGGGCAGUUAUGGUCUGCCCCCCUGCUGUACACUUGAACCGAACAAAAUAUGAAGAUCCACUUUCCUUCAAUCCAUGGAGAUGGAAGGACCAGGAAAUAAAUACUGCAUCAAAAAAUUUUAUGGCUUUUGGUGGUGGCAUGAGAUUUUGUGUUGGAACAGAUUUUACAAAGGUUCAAAUGGCUGUAUUUCUUCAUUGCUUGGUUACAAAGUACAGGUGGCAAACAACCAAAGGAGGAAAUAUUGUCCGAACUCCUGGUUUACAAUUUCCAAAUGGUUAUCACAUUCAGUUCGCAGACAAAACGACAGGAUUGAACUCUACAUAGUUAAAACAGAAAGUAACAGGGGCAUCUCAUACAUGGGGUAUAGUGGGUACGUAUUCCAGCUUGGCAUCUUAUCACCAAGAACUACUAUCUGCAAAACUGCAAGAAGAGUAAUAGUUAACGCAAUAUUAAAAGGCCCUGUAGAUGUCAGAAAAGCAGACAGCAUUCGGUCCUCAAACAGAGACCAAGCCACAGUUUUGAUCAGGAUCGCACACGUAGUUUGUUACUUUGCUUUCCAAUUAGUGUCAUUAUGUAAAUUCAGUAAAUGGAAAAAAGAGAAAAAAAAAUCAGGCACCUGCUUAUCCAAUUUGUACACCUAUCAUAAUGAAUAUUUACUUGUGACGGUUAGUAUAAAAGCUUCAGUUAAA